CUUGAUUGCAAAAAUACCCGAGCCCCCACGGAAAGUGACGGGAACGUUAGUAAAGCUACAUAUUUUUCCCGCGCCUCAUAACUUCCUCAAUCCUCCCACUCCAGAAUUUUUUUUUUUUUUUUCGAACUUAAAGUUAUUAGCUGAUUGUUGUGCUAAUGAGCCAAUUUGAUUGAUUAUUUAUUAUCCAAGAAAAUUACUAUAUUUUCCUAUUUAAAAAAAAUCAGAUUAAUCGGUGUUGUUGCAGAUCAAUGCGGUUUUUGUUUAUUCCUUUUAGGUUAUACUCCACUAGUGCUGCGAUUUCCAACACUUCUCUGAUUGCACGGUACGCUCGUGUCGGCCAAAUUUAUAAUGCACGGAGAGUAUUUGAUCAUAUGCCUGAUAAAACCAUUGUGUCUUGGAACUCCAUAAUUGCUGGGUACUUCCAAAAUAAUCAGCCACGGGAAGCCCAGAAACUGUUUGAUCGGAUGCCUGAGAGGAACACUGUUUCUUGGAAUGGGUUGAUUUCUGGGUAUAUUAAGAAUGGUAUGGUUAAUGAAGCCAGAAAAGUAUUUGAUUCGAUGCCCAAACGCAAUGUUGUUUCCUGGACUGCCAUGGUCAGAGGGUAUGUUCAAGAAGGUACGAUAUCAGAGGCGGAGUCACUUUUUUGGCAAAUGCCUGAAAAGAAUGUUGUAUCCUGGACAGUGAUGUUGAAUGGCCUAAUUGAAGAUGGCCGGAUUGAUGAGGCUCGUCGGCUUUUCGAUGAAAUGCCUGAGAAGGAUGUGGUGGCAAGGACCAGUAUGAUUGGUGGGUAUUGUCAGGAUGGCCGAUUGGCUGAAGCUCGUGAACUUUUUGAUGAGAUGCCACGUCGGAAUGUCAUUUCGUGGACGGCAAUGAUUUCCGGGUAUGCGCACAAUGGAAGGGUGGAUGUUGCAAGAAAGCUUUUUGAAGUGAUGCCGGAGAAAAAUGAGGUGUCGUGGACGGCCAUGCUGAUGGGGUACACUCAGUGUGGGCGCAUUGAAGAGGCUUCAGAUCUCUUUGAUGCAAUGCCUAUGAAGUCAGCUAUUGCUUGUAAUGCAAUGAUAGUUGGGUUUGGCCAAAAUGGAGAAGUAUCGAAAGCAAGGCAGAUAUUUGAUCGAAUGAGAGACAGGGAUGAUGGAACAUGGAGUUCCAUGAUUAAGAUUUAUGAACGAAAAGGUUUUGAACUAGAAGCAAUUGAGUUAUUUAAUUUAAUGCAAAGACAAGGAGUUAGACCGAACUUCCCUUCUCUGAUAAGUGUACUUUCUGUUUGUGCCAGCCUUGCAAGUCUUGAUCAUGGUAGAGAGGUGCAUGCCCAGUUGAUCAGAUCGCACUUUGAUCUUGAUGUGUAUGUUGUCUCAGUUUUGAUCACUAUGUACGUUAAGUGUGGCAACCUUGUGAAGGCAAAACAGGUGUUUGACAGGUUUCCUCUGAAGGAUGUUGUUAUGUGGAACUCUAUUAUUACAGGUUAUGCUCAGCAUGGUUUAGGAGAGGAAUCGUUACAAGUUUUCCUGGAGAUGUGCUCUUUUGGCAUAAAGCCUGAUAAUAUUAGCUUUAUUGGAGUUCUUUCGGCAUGCAGCUACACUGGAAAGGUAAAAGAAGGCCUUGAAAUUUUUGAGUCAAUGAAAUCCAAAUAUCAGGUGGAGCCAAGAACUGAACAUUAUGCUUGCAUGGUUGAUCUACUUGGCCGAGCAGGCCAGGUAAAUGAGGCAAUGAAUUUAAUUGAAAAAAUGCCAGUUGAAGCAGAUGCUAUUGUUUGGGGCUCCUUAUUAGGUGCAUGCAGAACUCACAUGAAACUGGACUCGGCAGAAGUUGCAGCAAAGAAACUUCUUCAACUUGAGCCUAACAAUUCUGGGCCUUACAUUUUGCUAUCAAAUAUUUAUGCCUCCAAAGGUAAAUGGAAUGAGGUUGCAGAGCUGAGGGAAAACAUGAGAACAAGGAGCAUCAUGAAAUCACCUGGCUGUAGCUGGAUUGAGGUAGAGAAAAAAGUACAUAUGUUCACUGGGGGAGAAAACAUGGGACACCCAGAACAUGCCCUGAUAAUGAAAAUGUUAGAGAAACUAGGAGGAUUGCUUAGAGAAGCUGGCUACUCUCCCGAUGGUAGCUUUGUUCUGCAUGAUGUGGAUGAAGAAGAGAAGGUGCAUAGUUUGCGUCAUCACAGUGAGAAACUGGCUGUGGCAUAUGGACUUCUAAAGGUGCCAGAACCAAUGCCUAUAAGAGUAAUGAAGAAUCUUCGGGUUUGUGGGGAUUGCCAUUCUGCAAUAAAAUUGAUUGCUAAAGUCACUGCGAGAGAGAUAAUUUUGAGGGAUGCUAACAGAUUUCAUCAUUUCAAGGAUGGUGUGUGUUCUUGCAGAGACUAUUGGUGAUUGCAUGGCCUCUCUUGCUCCUUGACACAUCCAAAGGCGGGCUGGUUUAUUUGAGAAAUUGUGGACACCCACCUUAUUGUGUUGCAUCACGUCAACAAUUUGACAAGAGCAGAUGGUGGUUGUAUGAUACUCUAUAUGAGUAAUUUACUAAUCUGUAUGAUGAAGGAAACAUUCGCAAUACUGAGCUGGAACAUGUUGACCAAAUCAAUCACAAACUUUACGGUUCAUGGCUAAUUAUCCUCUAGGUAGAAGAGAUCAAUAAAGGUGAAAAAUAUUUGAUGCUUCAUACAUGUUUGCAAUCAGAAGUUCAGACUAAUGCCCUGAUGAACUUGUAGAUUCCCAUUCCCGUUUUUCAUGGGGCCUCAUUUCCAUAGCACCAUCCUUCGAUGCAAUUGAUAGCGCUAUUAUGCUCUGGCAGUCCAAAAGAGAUUUUAUAAUGUCAGGAGUUUGUGAGCCAAUGUUGUACCGUUCUGAACUAGUUUUUGAAUAUGACCUUGUGAAGAGAGCUCUUCAUAGUUGCUUGUGGAGAUGGAGCUUCGACGUUAUAUGCUGUGUCGUAUGAACCAACUUCUGCAGUAACAACUCUAUCAAGAAAUUUCUUGUCUUUAGGUGAUAUUGUUAAUUGGUAGAACAUAGCAUGUUACAAACAGUGUUUACCCCAGUAGUUUCAUAGAAGGCUUCCAUUUGCUUGAAGUUCAUUCAAAGGAGGCUAUCUUUCGAUAAUGAACUAUGUAGUUCCAGCUUCUAUUGUUUUCGAGAUUUGGUUUUCUUCUUGCAAUAGAAAACCUUCUCUUCCCCCUAGGCCGUACAUAUGAACUAUAAGGUUGGUGAGAUGAUCGAGUUAGUCUAGAAGUAGCCCAUUGAUUUCAUAGUGAAGAUUAUUAAAUUCGUUUAUUAGAUAUGGUUUGGGAUAUUAUUAUGAGGAAAGUUGUAAACCUAUAACGAAAACAUGUUUGGUUACAUGCCGAUUUUGUUAUGCUGUGCUUUGUUUGAUUUUUCUUUACUA